ACCUUGGAGGCUUCCCCGCCUCCCCUUUCCCCCCGCCAGGGCUCCACCGUGCAGCCACAUAAAUAGAGGGGCGGGCGGGCCGUGGGGCAGGAGCGGGGCUGCCUCCCAAGGGAUCCCAGCGCAUCCCCAGCGCAUCUCAGCACUUCCAAACGAAUCCCAGAGAAUCCCAGCUCCCGUCCCACCCUGCAGAACCAUGGCUCUCCCCGCCGCCCUUCUCCUGUGGCUCGCCUUGCUCCUGCUCCCCAGCGCGGCCCCAAAACCCACCUGCGACCCCAGCGCCUGCCCGCCGUGCCCCGAGGGGGACCCGGAGGUGACAGCCACCCCCGGGGUCACCGGCUGCUGUCCCCCGUGCCCGCUGCCCUGCUCCUGCCCGCCCUACCUGGAGAGCGACUGCGAGAUGCAAGGAUUCCCCGGCGGCCGCGUCCCCGCCGGCCGCUCCUUCUACAUCGACUUCGCCCGCCGGCUGUGCACCUGCGGGCCCGGCGGGGACAUCGCCUGCAGCCCGCUCUGCCCCCGGCCCGAGCCCGCCUGCCGCGCCCUGGGCAGCCCGGUGGCCGACGGCUGUCCCCGCUGUGUGUGCUACGACCCGGAGGGGAUGGCGGUGCCCGCCGGCUCCUCCGUGCGCCGCGGCUCCCGGGAGUGCCGGUGCCCUGCCCUGGGCGGGGAGCUGCUGUGCGGAGAGCCCGGUACCGAGGAGUGAAGCUCUCCUUCCCCCUGGCUGUCUCCGGCAGCAAAACCUUCCUGGGCUUUGGGGCAUCCUCGCUGAGAGGCUUUCAGAGGAACGAUGGGUUUUGUCUUUACAACCUGUGGGGCUGUUGGUAGAUAAAACUAGCGCUGAGAGAUGAGAGAAACUGGGGAGGGAGGGGGUUCUGCUGAUUGAUGAAUGGGAUUCCACUGAUUGAUUAAUGGAAAAAGAGAUUUGCUUUUAUGGAUAAGCUUUAGGGUUGCUGGUAAAUGAAAUUGGGCGUUGAAAGGUGAAAGAAGCAAUGGGGAAGAAAACCCCCUAAAUUCCGUAAGAAUUAAAAAUUAAAAGGGAGGGCUGUACAUUAGAGGGAAUUCUCUGGUAUCAGGCAUUCUGGGCAGUCUGUACCUCUCAAGUACCUCAGAAAUGGGGAAGGAGAGAAGGGAAAUGUGAGGCUGGGAAAUUGGGAUAAAAAGGAGGCUGUGUCCUCCAAAAAUCUGAAAGACCCCAGGGCAAUGCCCCAUGGCCUCUCCCUUUAUUCCAAUAAAGUAAAAGGACUCCUCUGUCUCCUUUUUGGACCCUUUGAACAGCUUCAAAGGAUCCCUGAAGACCUGGGGGUUGCUCCCCUCUGGACAGGGGGGAUGCCACAUUCUCUGUCAUUUGUAGGCCGGGGCAAAGUGUCUGCAGGGGGGGAGCUUGCUUGCCUGUGAGGUUUGUUCCACAAACUGCAGCUAGCGUGUAACUGGAGCAAACACAGCUGUUUAUUUAUUUGGAAGGUGAUUCUGCUUUUGUAUGUGUUUGUGUUUAUAUAGGCUGUUUAUAUUAAACUUGCUGGAUGAACUUC